UUUUAUGAUGACGUUGAAUGUUGAUGUAAGCGACAAGAUGGCGUCCAAGGAGCAGAGUGUCCCGGAACUCCCGGAUAAAGAGACGCGGGAGAAGCUCGCUGUGUGGGACCGGAGCUCUGAGGCCACGGCGCCGCUCACAGACAGGCAGACGGACUCGGUCCUGGAGAUCCGCUCCGCCGCUGAGACGCUCCCCGUCCCCACAGAGCUGCCGAUCGAGGAUUUGUGUGUCCUAUCUUCUCGUUCUCUACUCUCUCCGUUCACGGCCGCUGUUCCUGCCUCCACGGAGGAUGUGCUGAUGAAGGGGUUCCAGAUGCUGCAGCUGGAGAACGACCGAAUUGAGACGGCUCAGCAGUUUUUCUCCUGGUUCUCCAAACUGCACACUCACAUGGACCAAGAAGAAGGAGCCAAAUACAGAGCAACACGGGAGUGUUUGAGCUGUUAUCAGGAGCAGUGUGACGCUAUUCUAACAGACGUUAAUGAGGCUCUGAAUCAUUUAGACUCUCUAAAGAAACAAUAUUUAUUUGUUUCUACAAAGACAGGAACGCUACAUGAGGCCUGUGAACAGCUACUGAAGGAGCAGUCAGAACUGGUGGACUUGGCUGAAAGCAUCCAGCAGAAACUUUCCUACUUUAAUGAACUGGAGAACAUAAACACGAAACUGAACUCUCCCACGUUAACUGUGAACAGCGAGAGUUUCAUACCGACGCUUUCCAAACUAGACGACUGCAUCGAAUACGUCUCAUCACACCCGAACUUUAAGGAUUAUCCGGUUUAUCUCACUAAGUUCAGACAGUGCUUGUCCAGAGCUUUGCAUCUCCUGAAGACUCACAUCAUCAACACGUUACAAAACCUCACAAAUCAGCUCGCCAAGCGGGACCCUGUGGCUGCGGCGAACGUGGACAACGUCUUCACGCUCUUCUACGUGAAAUUCCGAGCAGCAGCACCAAAGCUCAGAACGUUAAUCGAGCAGAUCGAACAGCGGUCAGGGAAAAUCCCAGAGUAUCAGCAGCUCCUGGAUGAUGUCCAUCAGUGUUAUUUGGAUCAGAGAGAAGUUCUGCUCGCUCCCAGCAUUAAGUCCACCCUCACAGAGCUGACAGGACAGAACAACAAGGACCACUGUGCUCUAGUGCGCAGUGGCUGUGCUUUCAUGGUACACGUGUGUCAAGACGAACAUCAGCUUUAUAACGAAUUCUUCUCCAAAUCAACAGUCAAGCUAGACGAGCUGCUAGAGAAGCUCUGCAUGUCUCUGUAUGAUGUUCUGCGGCCGCUUAUCAUCCACGUGGUCCACCUGGAGACUCUGUCGGAACUCUGCAGCAUUUUAAAGAACGAGAUGCUGGAGGAUCACGUGCACAACAACGCAGUGCAGUUGUGUGCUUUUGACACUGUGGUGAAACAGAUGCUGGAGGAUGUUCAGGAACGACUUGUCUACAGGACACACAUCUACAUCCAGACAGACAUCACUGGGUACAAUCCAGCACCAGGAGACCUCGCCUACCCUGACAAGCUGCAGAUGAUGGAGAAAAUUGCUCAGUCUCUGAAAGAGGAGCAGGGGAAACUCGACACCUCCUUCAGCAAUGUCCAGCUGGAGGAAUCUGAUUCCAGGAAGAUCGAAAUUACGGGAGGUGUUUCUCCUGCUGAUCUUCAUGGAAUGUGGUAUCCAACAGUCAGACGCACGUUAUUGUGUUUAUCUAAACUCUACCGCUGUUUUGAUAGGGCCGUUUUUCAGGGUUUGUCUCAGGAAGCGUUGUCAGGGUGUACGCUGUCUCUGCUUAAAGCUUCUGAAGUCAUCUGCAAGAACAAGAGUCAGAUCGAUGGGCAGCUCUUCCUCAUCAAGCACCUCCUCAUAAUAAGAGAGCAGAUCGCACCUUUUCACACUGAUUUUGCCAUUAAAGAAAUCUCACUGGACCUGAAGAAAACCAGAGACGCUGCUUUUAAGAUCCUGAACCCCAAAGCUGUGGCUAAAUUCUUCCAUCUCAACAGCCACAAUGCCAUCCUGGAGUUCCUGCUCGAGGGAACUCCAGAGAUCAAAGAGCACUACGUUGACUCGAAGAAGGACGUGGACCGGCACCUGAAAUCCAGCUGUGAGCAAUUUAUUCAGCAGCAGACUUCUAUGUUUAUGGGAAAUCUGGAGGACUUUUUCACCAAGGUGUCUGCGUUGAAGGAAAUGGUGGUUGAAGGAGGGCCGAAUUACCAGCUCUCUCAGCAGCCCUGGGCUCAGCCUGCAAAGAUUAACGACCUAGUGAUGUCGACAUAUCGGGUGAUGAAGAAUAAGCUGCCGCUGACGUUACAGAGCAUGACGUUGUACCUGGCGAACAAAGACACAGAGUUUAUCCUGUUCAAACCAGUCAGGAAUAACAUCCAGAAGAUGUUCAUGAAGCUCCACACACUGCUGCAGGAGGAGUACAGUGGAGAGGACCUGCAGAUCAUCGCCUGUCCCUCCAUGGAACAGAUCAAUCUGUUGCUGUCGCUGAGUAAAUGAGCAGCGAGAGCUCGAUGGAGAAGACGAUGAAAUCAAGUUCUUCACCCAGCACAUGAUUUGGAAAAUAAAUGUGUUACAUGCAGCGUUUCUUAUUUUUACACUAAAAUCGUUUCUAAAUAAAGAAGAAUCCACGAUUCUGUCCGAGACCAGAAAUGGCUGCAGAGUUGUAGGAAGUUUUCAGAGGAACAGGGCACGUCAUUCCUGAGCAGCACAUCGUCCUGUUUCCAUGGAAACAGUGUGUAACUACGCUGCCAUCUUUCCUCUGCGUAUCUAAAGGUGUGCCUUGAGGAACGUGGUUGCAGAAUACAUUUUGCAAGGUCGUUUUUUUUUUUUUAUGAGCGUGUUCUAGUUUUUAUAAUAUAUUCUGAUGAAUGUAAAUGUACAGAUUAAAUCUCACAUUCAGCCGAUGUUUAUUCUCCACAUGACUUCCUGUCUAAAGAGGUGAAAUGAAUAAAAAUGGACAAGAUGAUGAACGUCUUUCUUAAUGAAAGACCCCUAAA